AUGCCUCCUCCAGUUGGCGACAUUGCUGCUGGCGCAGUGGACGACCUGGAAGCAGUAGGCGGCCGCGGGUAUACUUCUUCCUUCAGCAGCACCAGAGGGAGCAGCAGCGGCAGCAGCAGCAGCCCUCCAAGGGUUCGUGCUUGGUAUAAAUCACCAGCAGAAGAAUGCAUGUUUGAGAGCAGCGAGGGUGCUUCUUACGGCCCUUUCCCUGCUCUUCUUACACUGAAUAGCGAAGGAGAAAUAAAAGCAUUUGAACCCGUACAUCCCACACCUCUCUGCAGUCUCAACAACAAGCAUGAAGACUGGAUGCAUGUUGUAUGUUCUCAAGAAGAAGAGCAGCAGGAGCAGCAAGACGAGUAUGAGGCAUUAUCAGCCCGCCGCCGUCGCCGCAGCAGCAGCAGCAGCAGCAGCAGCAACGUGGUGCACCGCGCGUCUCCUGACUUGACAUAUCGUUUGUCUUUAGAAGAAACUUCAGUAGAAGGUUUGCUGCCUUCGGUCUUAGCAGCAUCUCUUCGCCAGUUAAUAGGAAGCAAACGCAUGCGAGGGGAGAGCCCGAUAUCUUCGCUGUUAAGAUUCAUCAGAACAGCAAAAACAGCAAAACAAACCCUCACUCUAACCUGCACCAGCAGCAGCAGCAGCAGCAGCAGCAAGAAAUACUCGCAGACAAACCCUACUCUCUCUUAUACAAACUUCUGGGGUUCUCUUCUUCUCGCUGCAUUCGAAGUACCGACGCCGCAAGCCGCAGUCAUACCCAAACUCGCUGAAGAAUAA